GCGACAGGAUCGCGAGGCGGUCUGUCUGCUUCAGACUUUUAGUACCUUUGCUUGGCCGGCGUGCAGCAUGCAGCGUGCAGCAGCAGCAGCGUGCGUGUAGGCGUGAAGGGCGGUACGGAUUAUUAUGGUGGUCGUCGUGGUGCGGUGGACGGUGGUGGUGCUUGGUGGUGAUAAUGGUGUUUGGUCCACUCUUUGGGAUGAGAUGAAUGGUUGGUGCGUUCGCUUCAGUUCUCUCCACUGCUGUGUUAAGGUAUCCUGUCCUUUGUGGUCCGAGUCGUCGAUUCGACGUCGAGCCUAGGUCCAAGUCGUCGACAGCCAAUGCGGGUGGGAGGACGGCGCGAGAGCUCUACCAUUGCCCAGAUCAGCGAGAGAGAGGGACAAGGGCUCAGUCCGGCCAAGGAGCUGAGAUGGAUAUCGAGGCUACCUCAUUCCGAGGACGCGGUGGAAGUCGUCGUCGUCGAGCGUGUUCGAGACACAGCAGCCGGUCGUCGUUCGCUUGGUCGAUCGAGAGAUGAAUAGUAGCAAUGGUAGGUAGCAAUGGAAGCAACAAUGGGAUUGGGAUGGA